AUGCCCCGCGACACCAUGGACCGCAAAGCCUCCCGCGCGCUGCACAAGCAGCAAUCCGAGCAGCGCGAAGCGCACCUCACGGCCAUGGCCAAGGCCAAGCGCGUCUUCAUCUCCGGCCUAAAAGGCCACCAUCCAUUCCAACUCGGUGUCGCGUACCAUUUCCGCGGUCACCAGCUGUACAGCUUCCCCGGCGGCGAGCCGAUUGCGCCCGUGCCGUUCAAGUUCAAAUACGGGAUUAGCAUUGUAAGUGAGAUGGAGGGGGCGGUGCCUGUUUUCGAUCGUUGCGCGGAGGGAUUGAGGGAGGAGGGGAGUAUCGCGGCGCUGGACAAGAGUUGCUGGGUGUUUUGGGAGGAGGCGGAAGCAGAGAAGAGCAGGGAGAAGGAGGAGGUGCGGCGUACGUUGGAGGCGGAGACGUGUGUGGAUGAUGAAGGAGGGGUGGAGUUGGCGAUUGCCCAGAGGAACAGCUCACGCGCUACCAGAGAACUUCCCAAGGUGUCGUAUCCUACGGCCUUGGUUCCUGCGCAGGUAUUGUCGAGAGGGACCUCGAGAGCGCCGAGCAGAGAGGCUUCGCAGGUUGAUCUGAGUGUACUCGCCGCCACAGGAGAUACGCCUCGUCCGCGCUCCAUGCGCUUCGUCACCCCGGCUUCAACGACUGAUCUCGCGUCUAUGGUCAUGGCAGAAGGGCUCCUGACCGCUCCGCGCGCUCUGCACCGUGCAUCCUCGUCCGACUUAGCCAGCAAGCCCGUACCAGCGUUCGCCAGGAAGCUCCAGCACCUAUCUUCGCAGCCCGACUCGUCCCUCUCCCUCGCUGACCUAGCUACGCGCCACAACCGCAGCAAGUCCGGAGGCAUAUCACUGUCCAACAUCGACGGUCUAGGCAACUCUACCUCGCUCGCCAGCAAGUCCACGAUCCCCGGCCUGGGCCACUCCGACUCCUCGCCGUCCCUGACGUCUCUGAACCGCGAGCGUACCACCACUACGGGCCCCAGCAUGUCCUCGAUACUCGCCUUCGCACACCCGCACCUGUCGCGCGAAACCUUCAACACGCCGCACGACCACGCGCGCUUUCUGUCCGACUCGCUGCCUGGCUCGCGCCUCACCUCUGUCGUCAACACGCCGUUCCCCUCGCGCCCUGUGUCGCCGGCCCUGCGUCCGAUCGCGAGUACAUCGCAUCUGCAGAUUCCCAGUACAGUCCAAGGCACGCACACACUCUUCGCCGACAUGCUUGACCUAUAUGCUUAUACUUACACAGAUCUUUCUACCAUGGUGUCCCCGCAGUAUGGUCGCAACGAGGUGGUUGGCAGCGGCCGACCUCGUCGCGCGAGCAUGGCGCUGAACCAGGCGUAUAAUGCAGGCAGGAUGGGUGAAGAAGGAGUAGGUGCGCGCGCACCAAAGUGUGCUGUUCACGGGGAGGAGUGUGAUGGCGUGGCGGUCAUGGAGACGUGGAAGACAGAGCGGGCUCAGCAGACGAGCGGCUUUCGCGAGGUGUAUCCGAUGAUUGAGGGCGAGGGUGCCAGGGUCAUGGUGGAUUGGGCUCACCUUCUCAGGGAGGAGCAGGAGCGCCUGCAGAACUAG